AUGGCCGAUCUCACACCACGCGGUAUCGCGAUAUUCUCGAACUCUGCCAAAAACUCGCGCGAUCCGCCCGACAACGAAACCGGCGGCCGACAAUAUACUUUAGCGACGUUCGUCUCACCAAGAGCGGCAGCUAAGAUCUCUAAUCCUGGUUUCGUCAAUCGACAGUUACUCGAGAUCCUGCGUCCUUCCCAGGCAACAACCACAACACAAGUGUCGCUCGACGGUCCUUCCGGCAGCACGCAGAUUAAUGUUAUACGUAUUACUAUUUUGCUGUUGCGCAUCGAGUGUAACGUGAUAAAAACAACUUACAAGGAGGUAAAAGAGGAUUCGAGCAGAGGAGAAGGAGGUCUAGGAGAGACAUCGGGUGCCAGUGGAGCAACUUUGCGAAUCAUCGUAGCUAGCCUGAUAACUCCACUGUUGCGCAUCGGUCGGUGA